AUGGCGCCUACUCUUCAGUCCAGCAAGAUCGCCUUCAUUGGUGGCGGCAACAUGGCCGCAGCGAUCAUCGGAGGCUUGGUCGCCAAGGGUAUCGACAAGCAGAACGUCACCGUCUCGGAGCCGUGGGAGGUAAACCGCGAAAAGAUGGCCGCCCUCGGCGUCAAGACGACAACCUCCAACACCGAGGCUUUUUCUGGCGCCGACAUCGCCAUCCUGGCUGUCAAGCCUCAGGUCGCCAAGGGCGUCUGCAACGAGCUCGGCAAGGCCGUUUCGGGACACGAGAAGGUCCCUGUGGUUGUCUCUAUCGCCGCUGGCAUUACCCUUGAGGCUCUACAGAAGUGGCUGGCACUCGAUGAUGGCCGAACGCCCCACGUUGUGCGCGUGAUGCCCAACACCCCGGCCCUUGUGGGUGAGGGUGCCUCGGGCCUGUUUGCGGGCAGCGAUGUUACGGAAGAUGAGAAGAAGUUGACCGAAUCGCUCAUGGCGAGUGUCAGCAAAGCUACUGAAUGGGUUGACAAGGAGGAGCUGAUUGAUGUCGUCACUGGACUGUCAGGAUCCGGUCCCGCAUACUUCUUCGCCAUGGUCGAGCACCUUAUAUCCAGUGCUGUUGGCCUCGGUCUUUCGCCGGAGCAGGCGAAGCGCUUGGCUGCCCAAACCUGCCUUGGUGCCGGCAAGAUGCUUGUUGAGUCGCCUGAAGAGCCUGGUCAGCUGCGCAAAAAUGUCACCAGCCCCAACGGCACGACGCACGCUGCUCUCCAGAGCUUUGAAGCCUCUGGGUUUCAGGAAAUUGUCGACAAGGCUGUCAAGGCUGCUACGUCUCGCGGCGAGGAGCUUGGGAAGACUUUGGGUAACCAGUAA